AUGCACUUUACCAUUCCCCUCGCCUCUCUCGCACUCUUGACACCGAUGGUCAACGCCCUAGGCAGCGCAGUCGUCUUCAACAAGUGCGACUUCCCGGUCUAUCUCUGGUCCGUGGGUAGUUCAAUCAGCGACACCAAGACUCUCGUCGCCAGUGAGGGCGGAUACUCGGAACUAUACCGCAGCGAUGACACCACCGGUGGCAUUGCCCUGAAAAUGACUCUCGAAGAGGAUGGCCUGACCACCGGCAAGCCCCAGACCAUCUUCUCGUAUGCACUCAACGACGACGAGAAUGAAAUCUUCUACGACCUCUCUGAUGUCUUCGGUGACCCCUUUACCGGUCACACCCUCUCUAUCACUCCGUCGGAGGACUCUUGCAAGGGUAUCUGCUGGAAUGGGGGUAUCUCUGCCAGCUAUGUGAGCAAUACAGAGUCUUGUACCCAGGAUGCCGAUGUCACCCUCACCCUGUGCGCCGAUUCGUGUUAA